GGGGUAACGUUCCUUCCGGUCCUCUUUCCUUGCACGGACAGCGGCUCUUUGCAUUCUGCGGUCCAGGAGUGGUCGAGGGGGUAGCGGGUUUGUGCGGACUUCGAUGCGCAGGAAUCCUUUUCCGAAAGCCGGGUCUGUCAGGAUGAGCCUUUUCUGCUGAGGAUUUAGCAACAGUGCCGGAGUACCCUAUGAAGAAAGAGAAAGGUGCUGAAACAGAAAGGAGAGGUGCAGAAAAAGACCAGUGCCUGUGAGAAGAAAUGGCUGUAGCCCAAGAGUCCAAGGAUGUUGGGUCUCUGCUAGGGCAGGAUGUGGUUCCGGAAAUAAAAAAGGAGGAAGAAGACUUGCCAGGCCCUGAACUAGGAGAGAUUACAGAAGGGGCGAUACUUCCAAAAAUUGAAAGCAGCAAUGAGGAGGCUGAGCAAAAGGUGAAAGAGGAGCCAGAGGAAGGACCAUCAGGGAACUGGGAUGCCCAGUUGCAAGAGUUUCUGAGGACGCUACAGGCUCCUUGUUUAGGAGAGGAAAAACCUCAGCUGCCUGAGCAGAGGCCUUGGAGUGAUCCUGAAGCCUCUCAGGAGGCCUGCCAGGAGGAGACCGAUGCCGGAGGAUUGUGGGUUUCCCAGAUGAAGCCGCAUCUAAUUGGAGAAGAUGGACAGGACCGUGAGAUCCAUCUGGAGGCCGCACACAGUGGGAAGGGGAAGGAGAGGGUUUUCGCUGGAGGGGCUGCUGGGGUGGAGAUGCGGCGCCAGCACUUUCGGACACUGUGCUACCGAGAGGCUGACGGACCUCAGGAGCACUGCAGGCAGCUCCAAGAGCUCUGCCGUCAGUGGCUGAAGCCAGAGACUCACACCAAGAAGCAAAUUGCGGAGCUGGUGACCUUGGAGCAGUUCCAGGCUAUUCUUCCACCGCAGAUGCGGAGCUGGCUCCAGGAGACUGGUCCGGAAACCUGUGCUCAGGCUGUGAGUCUGGCGAAGGAUUAUCUUACGUGGCAGCGAGGGACCAAAGGCUGGGAGCAGCAGACCACGGGGGUGACAGAAGCAAAGCACGCAAACCCCACCGGCGCAAACCAGGCUCUGCCAGACGUGAAGCUGCCGCUUUCCUCGGGAGCCGAGCAAGAGCAGGAUGGCAACACGAGCUUGUUGGCUGGUGAUCGGUGGUUGAGCGAAAACGAGGAACAGAAACCCUUUGCAGAGAGUCCUGAGAAAAUGGAGCAACUGUGGGUGUUACUGAAAACGGACAGAGGGAAAGCUAUUCUGCGUCCGAGAGAAGCGGAUGAGAAUCAACACAGUCAAAGCUCACACGUUGUGACGCAUGAGAGCACCGUCAAAGAGGAGAAAUCUUACAAGUGCUGGCACUGCGGCCAGAGCUUCAGUAGCAGCACAGACCUUCUCACACAUGAGAGAACCCACGUAGGUGAGAAAAUGUAUAAAUGUUCCCGCUGUGGAGAAAGGGAGAGGAUGCACAUGGGACAGAAGCCGCACAAAUGCUCACGCUGUGGGAACACCUUAGGCUGGAAUCCUCAAGGAAGAAUCCAUGCAGGACAGAAACCUUACACAUGUUCUGAAUGUAGAAAAGAGUAUAUGCAAAUAUCAGACUUCCUUAAUCAUCAGAGAAUACACGGGCGAAAAAACCCUUAUAAAUGCUCAAAGUGUGGAGAGAACUUUGGAACCUACACAGGUCUUAAAGCACAUCGGAGAACUCACACAGGUGAGAACCAAUAUAAAUGUUCACACUGUGGAAUGUGUUUCAAUUGGAGCUCACAUUUAAGAUUCCAUGAGCGAAUCCACACGGCAGUGUGCUCAUAUUGCGGGAAAAGUUUCAGCCAGAAAUCAGAGCUUGUCGAACAUGAGAAGACUCAUGCAGCAGAGGACUCAUUUGCGUGCUUUGCCUGUGGGAAAACUUUUGCAGUCAGUUCAGAACUGGCUGCUCAUGUGCGAACCUAUGCAGAGAAGCCAUUGAAGUGCUCAGUCUCUGGGAAAUCUUUCCGGUGCUCAGAGUGUGGGGAUAGCUUCAACCACAGCUCGGCACUCAAAGUGCACCAGAAAAUCCACACAGGUAAGAAAUCAUAGAAAUUCUUGCCCUAUAGGAAAAAUGUCGGCCGGCAUUUGAACUUAACAUCCCAUAAGAGAAUUGACACUGUGAAGUGCUUCUAGUCCAGGAAAAGCUUCAGGCCAAGACUGGAACUUAUUGAGUGCAAGCAAACCCAUGCAACUGAGGUCCUUUGUGAAUUUUGCCCCGUGCAAAACCUCGGUUGUGGAACCAGCGCGGAACUUGUGUGUGAAGCCAGACAGAACGGCUGUUCAAAUGCUCAGUCUGUGGGAAAAACCUUCAGGAAUAGUCUGCAACACUUUGUGCACCAGAAAGACCAUAAAAGAGGUCAAGGUUAUGUAUUGGGAUAAACAACCCAGAGGCUGCGUGUGGACCAAGCAAGGUGUCAUUUGCAAUUCUCAGACCACCACUACCUGUAAAACUACUACCUGAUUUGCCACCAAGGACGCUCUAGGCAUCAGAACUCGGAGGCCCUGCUUCUUCAAGGUCACUCUAGGAAUCGGCAUGCCUGGGUUCUGAGGGAAAGGAAGCUUGUGUGUGGGGUGGAGGUGAGUGUGUGUGUGUGUAUGUGUGGGAGAGAAAGAGAGAUUGCUUGUGCCUGGGGAGGGAGGAGUAUCGGGGCUUGUAAGAGUGUGUGUGUGUAGACCCUGGACACUCAACAAUCGCCACCUGUGGCAAGCGGCUUUGGGCAUGCAAGACCCCACCAUGGAAGAAGGUUGCUACAAAGCUCCCCGAUUUCUGUGAUUUUGAAGCCGCCUGUAGAAGGAAGCUUUGAUCCAGCCAGGAGAAGCAUCGGAGGACCUGCAUGGGAACUCCAGUGAAGCAGAAGCUGACAGGGACGGUAGGCCUCACCAUUUGCAGGCACCGUGAAAUCUCGCCUUCAGUUUUGCCCUGGUAACACCUGUCGAAUAGCUAUCUAACUUCUCAGCUACAGUCACAGAAACACUCGCUAAGAAACAGGUUGUUGGUUAUUCCAGCCUCCUUUUUCAGCCAGAUGGAAAGACAAAAAUAGACUAGUAACCUUUACACUUUAUGUUUGCAUAACCUUUACGUUUUCAAAUUCCUGUGUUGCGUCAGAACAGAAUUGGAAGUACGAGGUGGGGUGAUUUUUACCCUCAAAAAAAGACACAGGAAUAAAUCUGCCAGGUGACUUUUAUCAGCUCAGUGAGGUUUAAGACCAUCACUGAGAGAUGGUCCUGUCUCACAUACACCUGUAAAAGAAUGGAUCUUGGGCACAGCAGGAGAUGCUAAGACAAAAUCCAUUUCUUUAUUCCUCCAUGCCAGAAAAGGGAAACAUACCUCAGGAUUCAGAAUCAUUCUAAACUAUUUCCCCCUUCUUUUCUCUCUCCACCACCUUUCUUUUCCAUGGCUAGCAUGCACUUUGCUAGAAAGAGACACACAGGUUCACAGACCGACAGUAUUUCCCAUGGUAUUUUGGGCAGGCAUUUGUUUCCGCCUUUAAGUGCUAGUUUCCACUUUAAUGCUAGGUAUUCAAAAAUCGUAUUCAAGUGUCAUCUUUCACACACACACACAUUAUUUUGAUGCAUUUUGCUAUACUUAGCUGCAGCGCUCUUAAAAACGUAAACGUUUCAGCUUUCUUGAGGUUGGUUCCUGUAGCAUUUGAGUCUGUUUCUCAUGAUGGGUGAUAUAAGAUGAUAUUCUUUAAUAAACAGUUGGCUUCAA